GGGAGGCGGGCAGGGGCAGCAGCCGCGGCGGGACUGCAGCAGCCGCCGCCGUCGCCGCUCCGGAGGACUGGGAAAGGAAUGCAACAGAAGGCCUUUGAGGACAGCAAAUCCACGUGGCAGGAAUCACUGGACCAUGCCGGGGCCCACAUGCCCUUCCGCUGCCCACGGUGCGGGGACCACGCCCGGUUUAGGAGCUUGUCCUCCCUGAGGGCCCACCUGGAGUACAGCCACGCCUUCGAAGACCGAAGCCUCCGGCCCCAAGGUGGCUUCUUCUCUCCCCUCAAGGGUGUCCGGGCCACCUCCUCCCACCACCCCGAGACUCAGGGAACCUUCCGGGAUGUGGGCAGCCACGGCGUCCUGAAGCCACGGCUCUCCUACCUGGACUUCUGCGAGCCGGAAGAGCCUCCGCCCAGGAGGCCCCUGGUGGGAGAGGCGGAAUGGCCGGCUGGCCUGGGAACGGGCCCGGCCUCGGCCGAGACGGCCUGGGACCCCACCUGGAAGGCCGUGGACUCCGGCGCGUCCUUCGAGGCCCACGUCCGGGAGAAAUUCAACCACAUGGUGGAAGCCGUGGACAAGACCAUCGAGAGGCGGAUUGAGAACCUCUCCCGGGAGCUCUCCCGGAAGACAGCCGAGCUCCUGGAGGUCCGGGCAGCCUUCGUGCAGCUCUCACAGAGGAAGCAACAGGUGCAGCGCCGCGAGCGGGCGCUCAACCGGCAGGUGGACGUGGCGGUGGAGAUGAUCGCGGUGCUGCAGCAGCGGCUCACCGAGUCAGAGGAGGAGCUGCACCGCAAGGAGGAGGAGGUCGUGACCUUUAAUCACUUCCUGGAGGAAGCGGCUGAGAAGGAGGUCCGUGGGAAAGCCCGACUGGAGCGUUUCAUCGAGAACCUGCUGCAGCGGGUUGACCAGGCGGAGAAGCAGCUGGAGAAGUACCAGCAUCAGCAUCUGCUGGGCAGCUCUGGAGACCUCGACCAACAUCUGUUUACAGAUCUGUCAUCUUUCAAGAAAGCCAGGUGCCUCUGGGGGUACCCAAACAGUCCUGGUAGUCCCCCUGACCCCAAACCUCAUUCGCUUCAGAAAGGGCGGCUCUUCCUGAAGAAAGCCAAGGAUGAGAGACUUGGAGGUGGCCCCCACCCCAUCAAGUGGCUGCAUGAACCCGCGGAAGGCUGCACUUGGGACACGGGGAGGCCCCAGAAGAAGGCCGAGGGAGCCAACAACAUCGCCCGGAAGGUGAACGCAAAAUCCAAGAUCGGCAAAAAGAGCAAACCGCUUUACUGAGGGCGCCCGUACCUCCCUCUGGUUACGCAACGCACGUGUGUGUUACCGUGUGGAUGCGUGUGGCUAGAGAGAUCGAUCGAUCCGGAGUCCUAACGUCAUUCGCUUUUGAUCAGAACCAGAAGGUCCCUCUGGGGCUCUGCGGAGGUUGGCCUGGAGCGGGAGUCCCCAAACUUGGCCACUUUAAGACGUGUGGACUUCAACUCCCAGAAUUCUCCAGCCAGCAUAGUUUACUCUCUUCUAAUCCCUUCCUCUGCAAUC